CUCUUUACACGGGCACUCUCAACUGCCAUUGAGCUGAUGGCAGUUGAUGUCAAUGGCAGUUUACCGAAUUUACACGGCAACUCCAACUGCCAUCGACAUCUCAACGAUCGUUGGCCUCAACGGAGGUCGAGGGUCUCAGUUGACAGCCCUGAACGGAGACGGAAAGAUGGCGGCCUCCGUGGAUGAGAACGUGCCACCCGCAACUGCCGAUGCUGCGAAGCGUUUUGUGUGGACGAGGUCCAUGACGGACAUAUUAAUCAAUAUUUGGGAAGAUUAUUUACCUCAUCUGCGCGCUCAUAAGCAUAAUGCCCAUGUUUACGACGCCAUGACGGAGGACUUCAACAAGGCGGCCGGCGGGACCUCUGUGACCACAAAACAGCUGCGCCACAAGAUUGAAAAUUUGGGGCAACAGUACAGACAAAAGGGCAAGACGGCCACUGGGUCAGCACCAGUGAGCUGGCCGUACUACAGCCGCCUGCAUCGGUUUCUGGGAUCUUUGCCGGCAAACGACCUCAGCCUCGUAGAAGAGAGCUUGCAGGUGGACGUGGUCACAGAAGCCGAGGAUGGGGCUGAAGUGAUAGAGUCUUGGGAAGCACGUGCGGACACGCCCCAUAUUGUCGCUCCGGAGGACGGCGAAGUCUCGCUGGCAAGCCAAGCCGCUCUGGAACCAACAACGCGUGCCACCCCUGAUCAGGGAACACGUGGCAGUGCCCGCAGGAAGCGGGCACACACAUCAGUUAUUGAGAGAGUGGCUCAACUUGUUGAAAUUGAGUCGGAAAGAUCCAACAAAAUUGCAAAGAAAGAGCUGAAGCUCGCAAAGAAGGCGCUGAAGCUGCAAGAGGAGUCGAAUGAACUCCAUAGAAAUCUUGUCUCUAUUCUGGGAAACCAUUAUGGCAAUCUGCCGUGAAUAAACAGCAGUGGUGU